GACUCUGAUUCAUGAGUUACGUGGAAUUGUGAACUCGCUUCAUCUGCGACUGUGAUCUGGUAUUUGCUUGCCAUAUCUUCUAGCUAAUACUGGUCUGGUCGCGUAUGCCAGGAUGCGAGCCUUAAGCUCCUUGUUACUGCUGGUGGCCCUACCAGUAGCUCUCUCGGUCAAAACCCAAGACUUCAAGACAUGUUCCCAAGCUAGCUUCUGUCGACGAGGUCGCGCACUAGCUUCUCGUGCUCAAGAGAAUGUAUCAUCCUGGAAGUCUCCAUACAGCGUGGAUGCUGACUCGCUAGCAAUCUCAUCCGACCAAGCAUUAUUCACAGCUAGAGUGAAGUCAUCAUUAUACCCUGACAUCAAGUUCGGUUUAGACGUUCGGGUACACGAUGAUGGUGUCGUCCGCGUUAGACUAGACGAAAUAGAUGGCCUGCGGAAACGUUAUGACGAGGCUGCUUCAUGGGCUUUAGUAGCUGAACCAAAGAUCAGCCAGGACAUCAAGUGGACAGUUGGCAAGAACGAGGUUCGCGCUACUCAUGGGAAGAAGAAGGACGUGGAGGUCAUCGUCGCGUUCGAACCGCUCAAAGUCACUUUGUUACGCGGAGGCAAGGAACAGGUGGUGCUCAAUGGUCGUGGAUUGUUGCAUAUGGAGCAUUUCAGAACGAAAUUAGCUGCCCAGCCCUCUGACAUACCUGAGGAAGCUCUGGAUGCUGAAGAUGCUCAGACUGUGCUCAGUGCAAACAACCCUAGAUCGUGGUUCGAGGGUGACUCUGAAGAUGGCUACUGGGAUGAGCAGUGGUUAUCGUGGACGGACAGUAAGCCCAAAGGUCCCGAGUCACUGUCUCUUGAUAUCACCUUCCCGAACCAUGGACAUGUAUAUGGUAUACCCCAACAUGCUACGAGUCUCUCGCUGCGCACCACCACUGGCGAAUCACCAUACUACACAGAUCCUUACCGUCUAUACAACGCCGAUACCUUUGAAUAUCUUGCGGACUCUACUAUGUCACUCUACGGUUCUAUCCCACUCAUGCACGCUCAUUCGGCCGACUCUACUGUCGCCGUCUUCAACGCUGUCGGUUCCGAGACCUGGAUCGACAUUGCUCACCCGACGCCUAAAUCUACUGAAACGCAGUGGAUCUCCGAGUCGGGUAUUCUUGAUGUCUUUAUCAUUCCUGGACCCACACCUGAAGCCGUCUUCGAGCAGUAUGCACGACUUACAGGCGCCCAAGCUCUUCCGGCAGAUUGGUCCCUUGGGUAUCAUCAAUGUCGAUGGAACUAUGUGAACUCGGAUGAUGUGAGGCAGGUACAGGCGAAGUUCGAUGAGGAAGAUAUCCCUGUGGAUGUCUUCUGGUUGGAUAUCGAGUAUGCCGAGGAACAUAAGUAUUUCAUUUGGGACAAGAAGAACUUCCCUGACCCCCUUGAUAUGGUCAACGAUGUGUCCGCUAAUGCUCGCAAGAUGGUGGUCAUCAUUGAUCCUCAUUUGAAACGAACGUCGUCAUAUCCUGUCUACCAAGAAGCUGUCGACAACGGUGUUCUCGUAAAGACCAAAGAUGGGAACGAGUACGAGGGUUGGUGCUGGAGCGGUAGCAGCGCUUGGGUGGACUUCUUUAACCCAACAAGCUGGGACUGGUGGAAGGGAUUGUUCAAGACUUAUCCUAUUGAGGGUAAGUUCACGUGGGUGGACAGCACCGAAGACGUGCACAUAUGGAAUGACAUGAACGAGCCUGCCAUCUUCAACGGUCCUGAGAUCAGUAUGCCAAGAGAUAACAUUCACCAUGGUGGAUGGGAACAUCGUGAUGUCCAUAACAUUAAUGGAAUGCUCUUUUCCAACCUUACUUCACAAGCCGUCAUGGCACGUUCUGACCCGCCGAAACGGCCUUUCGUUCUCACCCGUUCAUUCUAUGCAGGUUCACAACGCUUCGGUGCGAUGUGGACAGGCGAUAACCUCGGUAGUUGGGAACACAUGGCCGUUGGCAUCAAGAUGGUCCUAGCGAACAGUCUCUCUGGGUUCGCGUUCAGUGGCUCUGAUGUCGGCGGAUUCUUCGGCAACCCCGAACCCGAAAUGCUCGUUCGAUGGUACCAAGUUGGCGCUUUCUCGCCAUUUUUCCGUGCCCAUGCGCACAUCGAUACCAAGAGGCGUGAACCUUACUUGCUUGACGAACCUUACAAGAGCAUCGUCAAGGAUAUCCUUCGCCUGAGGUAUUCGAUGUUACCGAUUUGGUAUACUACGUUCCGGGAGGCCAGUGUUAGAGGUAUUCCUGUUGUAAGGCCACAUUACGUUGUCAUCCCCCACGAUGAGAAGGGUUUCGCUAUUGACGACCAAUUCUGGGUUGGAGGUUCUGGCCUGUUGGUCAAGCCUGUUACGGAGAAGGGUGUCACCGAAACUACCGUGUACCUCCCAGCUGAAGACCAGGUCUACUACGACUACUUUACCCAUCAGGCCUACCGCUCGGCUCCAAAGGGCAAGAAUAUCACAGUCCCAGCAGCUCUACACCAAGUACCCCUCUUCAUUCGUGGCGGCUCUAUUCUUCCCACCCGUGAACGCCCAAGACGUUCCUCACCUCUCAUGAAGAAGGACCCCUUCACUCUCCGAGUUGCUUUGGACAAGUCUGGCAACGCUCGUGGUGAGCUCUACCUAGACGAUGGUGUCACAUACAACCACCGGGAAGGCCAGAUCGUCUGGCGCGAGUUCAAAGCAAGCAAGGCUGGAAAGGGCAUCAAGCUCUCCAGCCACGAUCUUGUGAGAGCUAAACCUACUGAUGCCGUCGAUGGUGUGGCUCUGGCUUCGUACAACCCCACCAACGACUUUGCUAAGAGCAUUGCUGGCGUGCGAGUGGAGAAGGUUGUCGUUCUCGGGCUCGAGAAGAAGCCGACAAGCGUAAAGGUUGCUGGUGGCAAGGAGGUGACCUUCGAGUUCAUACCCGGAGUUGCUGCUUCUGGUAAAAAGGAAGGCGUUUCGAGUGUGCUCAUCAUCAAAGACCCGGCGGUGAGCGUUGUGACUGAUUGGGAGAUUGUUGUUUCAUAGAGUGAUCUCUCGGAUCAGAAAUAUUUAUGUAGAUUCCGGAAAUGCAUUUGUACUCUUGUUUUCGCAUGCCCUUCGGCUUUGUUCUCGUUCUUGCAUCUGACCCAUUUUAGAUUCUUAGUCCAAAACAAAUUCACUGAUGAAAUUGGCUCGUUUUCCGUUCCUACCGGAGUUGGCAAAUGACGUCAUAUAUCUAUUGCCCCAUCCAACUCCAUAGCCCGCCCUCUUACUUACCAACAUGCAGUAUAUAUACCAGAGACAAUAAUCUUACGCCGUUAUACCUCAACAACCGCUCCUACGACAUUUCAAUCAUGACUUCGACGUUUCCGCCCCUCAUCCA